AUGUACGCCUAUACCCAGCGCACGCCCGGCGACGUCCCCAACGCCGUCCGCUACCUCCUGCUCGCAACGAAGGACCUGCAGGAGGUGCUCGCGCAGUGGGCCGUCGGCGCGGCGACGGACACGCAGGUCAGCGACGCAUACGUGCGCGUCGGGACGGACUUCAACCUCGCCGUGCACGCGUUCACGUACCAUAACAUCGAUUUGAGCGACAUCCACCACGUCCCCGGCGAGCUGCGCACUGUCCUCGAGCGAUGCCUCGCUGAGGACCCCUCGCCAGAGACCCUCGCGCGCCAUAUGCCAAAUGUCCGCGCCGUCAUCUACCGCCUUCUGCAGGGCCUGCAGCGGCGGCAGGGUGCUUGGGAGCAGCAGCGGAGGCAGGGAUCGAGGCUUGCCCCAGGUGCUGCUUAG